UGAAAAUGACGAUAUAGCUUAAACUUAGAGAGAAAGGAGCAUCCUUUUGCGAGUUUUGAUGAAGUUUAAUCCUCGUACUUCUUCAGGACUCUUUUCUCUCCAGUCGCUCCUUAAAAGCGGCUUCUCUCCCACCUUAAACUCCAUCGACAGAUUUCUUCGAUAUCUUUACCGUCGCCAGAAGUUUAAUUGCAUUCUUCACUUCUACUCUCAGCUAGAUUCGGAGAAGCUCCAGGUUAAUAACCGGAUUUACUCCAUCGUUUCAUGGGCAUUUCUCAAUUUGAACAGAUACGAGGAAGCAGAGAAGUUUAUCAACACCCAGAUUUCGAAAGCCUCGAUUUUCCCCAGGACGCACAUGUUGGAUUCUCUAAUUCAUGGAUUCAGCGUCACACGAGCUGAUCCCGAUAAGGCCCUUUCGGUUCUCCGGGAUUGCUUAAGGAAUCACGGUGCGUUUCCCUCCUCCUUGACGUUCUGUUCACUGAUUUAUCGGUUCGUUGCGAAAGGAGAGAUGGACAAAGCUAUCGAGGUUUUAGAGAUGAUGACGAACAAAAUAGUAAACUACCCAUUUGAUAAUUUCGUUUCUAGUGCUGUGAUUUCUGGGUUUUGUAAGAUUGGUAAACCGGAACUUGCGCUAGGGUUUUUCGAGACUGCUGUGGAAUCAGGAGCUUUAGUGCCAAAUCUUGUAACUUAUACUACGAUUGUGAGCGCUCUUUGUCAAUUGGGUAAGGUUGAUGAAGUUAGGGAUUUGGUUAGGAGACUGGAAGAUGAAGGAUUUGAAUUGGAUUGCGUUUUCUACAGUAAUUGGAUUCAUGGGUACCUUAAGGGAGGUGCGUUAAUGGAUGCACUUAUGCAGGAAAGGAAAAUCGUGGAGAAGGGAAUAAACCGAGAUACUGUGAGCUAUUCGAUACUAAUAGAUGGAUUGUCGAAGGAAGGAAACAUUGAAACAGCGUUGGGGUUAUUGGGGAAGAUGAUAAAGGAGGGAAUAGAACCGAGUUUGAUCACUUUUACUGCUAUUAUGAGAGGACUCUGCAAAAAGGGUAAACUAGAAGAGGCAUUUGCUGUGUUCGAUAGAGUUCUAAGUAUGGGAAUCGAAGUGGAUGAGUUUGUGUAUGUGACUUUGAUCGAUGGAAUUUGUAGGAAAGGAUAUUUGAGUCAAGCUUUCUCUAUGUUGGGAGAUAUGGAGCAGAGAGGGAUUAAACCAAGCAUCCUUACUUAUAACACUGUGAUUAAUGGACUGUGCAGGGCAGGGAAAGUGUCGGAAGCGGAUGACAUUUCGAAAGGGGUUUUGGGAGAUGUCGUUACUUAUAGUACAUUGUUAGAUAGUUAUAUCAAGGAAGAGAAUAUUGAUGCUGUUUUAGAAAUUAGGCGUAGGUUUGUAGAAGCUCAAAUCCCUAUGGACUUGGUUAUGUGCAACAUUCUCCUGAAAGCAUUUAUAUUGGUUGGUGCUUAUGGAGAAGCUGAUGUACUCUACAGGGCGAUGCCAGAAAUGGAUCUGACUCCAAACACAGUCACGUAUUUAACGAUGAUUGAGUGCUGCUGCAAAACGGGUCAUAUCGAAGAGGCACUUGAGAUGUUUGAUGAGUUGAGGAAAAGCUCGGUUUCCUCAGCUGUAUGUUAUAAUCGCAUUAUUGGUGCACUCUGCAAGAAAGGGAUGGUGGAAACAGCCACGGAAGUUAUUAUCGAGCUGUUGGAAAAAGGUUUGUACUUGGACAUCCAUACAUCUCGUACCUUGUUGCGUUCAAUUCAUGCUAGCGGAGGUGAAAAAGGAAUACUCGGUUUGGUUUAUAGGCUCGAGCAGUUAGAUUCGAACAUCUGUAAUGCGAUGUUCAACGAUGCUAUAUUGCUUUUAUGCAAGAGAGGUUCUUUCGACGCUGCGAUUGAGGUUUAUAUGGUUAUAAGGAGGAAGGUUUUAACUGUUACAUCUCCUUCUAGAUUUCUAAAAGCACUAGUGGACAAUCUCAGAGCGUUGGAUGCUUAUUCACUUGUUGUAAAUGCUGGUGAUAGUACUCUGCCUUCCCUGGAUGUUGCAGACUACACAAUCAUCGUCGAUGGUCUCUGCAAGGAAGGAUUUCUUAUAAAGGCCUUAGAUUUGUGCACUUUUGCUAAACAGAGAGGCAUCACUCUUAAUAUCAUCACAUAUAAUUCACUCAUAAAUGGACUUUGCCAGCAAGGUUGCCUUGUAGAAGCUCUUCGUCUAUUUGAUUCGCUAGAGAACAUUGGUUUGGUCCCGUCUGAGGUCAGUUAUGGAAUAUUGAUUGACAGUUUAUGCAAGGAAGGGUUGUUUCUUGAUGCUGAGAAAUUUUUGGACACGAUGGUAACUAAGGGACUUGUACCAAACAUUCUCAUUUAUAAUUCGAUGAUUGACGGGUAUUGCAAGCUCGGGAGGACAGAGGACGCCAUGAGAAUUUUAUCUUGUAAAAUGGUAGGAAUGGUAACACCAGAUGCAUUCACAGUCAGUUCUUUGAUAAAAGGUUACUGUAAAAAAGGUGACAUGGAAGAAGCUCUCAGAGUGUUUGCUGAGUUCAAAAGUAAAAACAUCUCAGCCGAUUUCUUGGCUUUUCUGUAUCUGAUCAAAGGCCUCUGCACGAAAGGGAGAAUGGAAGAAGCAAGGAGUGUCCUGAGAGAAAUGCUUGUUUCAGAUCCUGUCGUUGAACUGAUCAACAGACUUGAUGCAGAAUUAGUUGAAUCUGAAUCGAUCAGAGGCUUCCUCGUCGAGCUCUGUGAACAAGGAAGGGUCCCUCAGGCUGUUAAAAUCCUAGAUGAGAUAAGUUCCACGUUCUAUCUGUCUGGUAAAAACUCUGGUUCUCGUCAAAGGUUGAAGUUCUUGAAUGAUGUUAACGAAAAAGAGGUAAAGAAGGAAGGCUAUGUUCAUGAUUUUCACAGCCUUCACUCAACCGUUAGCUCACUCUGCUCCAGUGGGAAGCUGAAGCAAGCUAAUGAGUUUGUUAUGUCUGUGCUCUCUUGUAUGCCUAGAUAGGUCAGUAUUAUUUACUUGACUGGUCAAACCACCAAAAGCCAAAGUGAAAUCUUCUGAGUGGUUCGAGCAGACUAUCUGCAACUGAAUAGCUAUAAGGUUGGAUUAUCGAUGUGGUUAGACAUUUUGUCGGUUCAUUCAUCGAAAUGAAACAAAUUUUGGCCGUUGAUUAAGAGCUUCUCUGUAAGAUAAACUGGACCCCUAGAGAGAAUUAGCUGUGAAUCAGAGAGGAACAAUGAUAGGCGCUCGAGGAACCGUUGGCUGUAGAGGAACACAGUCCCAGUCCUUACCAGCUCGAACCACAGAGAAAUGCUUUGGAAUCCAUGAUUGUCCAGAAACCUCUCUUUGCCUCAAAGACUCCCUCUGUUUCUCCUCCACUUCUCUCUUGCCUUGUCUUGCUUUCUCCCACUCCUUCCUCAUAAUUCCGUUACUCACCUCACUCCACACCAUCGCCGACUCGCUCUCACUCACCUCCUGCAGACCAUAAAUAACCGAAUUGUGAAGAUCGAUGGAAAAUUGUAAUUUCCCUGGAAAGUUUUUCAAACAGUAACCUGCAGGUUCUUGACAAUGGGAGUUUUGAGCUUGUCAAUGUUUUCACUUGCUUUGUAUAUAACUUCAAGCUCUCCAGUCUUCAGAUUUUUCGCGGUAACGGUUCUGUAAACAUUAUGUUAAAAUGUAAACUAUGUUC